UUUAUCUGCACUGCACUGCUGACGUCAGCAAACAUCUAAAACAACCCAUUUUUCAUUGUCCUUCUGCCUAAGUUGAUUUCUCCACAAGCCUUAUCGACUAGUUUAUAAUAAAGCUCAGUUUGAUAUUUUGAAGACAUCUGCAUUGGUGUUAACUUUUUGUUACUACGGUUAUUAUUGAUAAGUGCAAUUCUUUCUCUAAGUCGCACAAGUAGCCAAAUUUGGAAACAUCAAUCUUAAAAACAGAUAAAAAUUUUUAAAAAAAUAAAAGAUUCUUAGACAGCGUUCUAAGGACUUUCGUAUGAAAUAAUCUUUACAAGAUUUUUAAAAGAAGUAAAGUUUAUAUAUGACGUUAACUUCUUCUUUGUAAAAUCACGCAAUAAGAGUACCUGUCACUCGUUAUGUAAAAAUAGAACCAGGUCUUAGAUUCUGAGUCCUGCUACUAUGCCCUGAUCUUAAUUGUGAGUUCUGGCUUUCCAAUAAGGACCUGGGUCCUCUUUUCUUUUAUGACUUAUUUCCUUAAAUAUAGACGAAAACUUAAAGUCACAACCACACAAUAUAUUGAUAUCAAUGCGCUUCGGAACUCAAGAACUAUAACAACAGAUCCCCAACCCUCGGGCAUCUUGUAUCUUUGCUGACAUCGGAACGGCAAUACCAGCAUGGCCCUGAAGAAGGCUAUCCGAUAUGAAACCUGAUUGGUGCGAAUGUGUCGCGUAUUUAUUGCGACAGAAAAAGAUUUUGGCGAGACGGCGAGUCUGGGAUAAACAGAAGAAAGCUAAUGGUACAAAGAUGGCGAAGAAGCUGUACCAUUCUUUUUUUUCAAAGUGGAUGUUUUUUUAAAAAAAGCAUUACUAAGCAAUGACAGUGCAAGAAUAGCCACCAUAAAGUGAUAUUGCCUACGUGGUAAUUCGGCAAGUUCAAUAACUAGCUAUCUAGCUACACUUACUAGCACACUAUCAAGAUAAGACCAAAUCAACUUGUUCCCAUGUGUUGAGCUAGCAGCUUGAUACAAGGAAUGUCAUGACACGAAAUUAUUAGCUAAGGAACCCAGUGUCGCCCACAACACAUGUCAAUUGUGUACAAAGAUUAUGUUUGACAUUAUUUCCUGUAUAGACAAAUUAGUUUUUAAGGAAUGUCAAAGAUGUUUUUUUUAAAAAAAUGUAUAUCGCAGUUGUAGUAGCAGGUAUGUUUUUUUACUUGACAUUACUUUUAGUUACCAUAAAAAAUGUAGAAAGACAAUAGGUUACCGUCAUUGUCAUUUCAUCAUUGCAUGCACAUUUAUCUAGCCUAACUCGUACAAUUUAAAAGCUCAAUAACUUUGGCAAAUAAAUAAAACUUGGAAAUUAAAAAGGUAUUUUGAGGAAGAGUUAAAAAAUUACAAAUGUUGGGCGAAUAAUGAAAGGCACAUCAAAAGAUAACAAACCUAACUAAAAAAGCAAAAGCAGUCGAGAUGGAACAGAAGACCUCAUAUCUAUGUUCCCGGUUUAGAAGAUUACAUUUCACCAAAACUAAGAAAAUUCUUUGGCUUGGUAUCUUUGCUCUGCUACUGUUUGGUAUUAUCUAUCAAUUGGAAGCUUUAGUUCGUAUCAAUCCUAAGAGUUUACUAGGAGAAAACAUUGACACAAAGGAAAUAAGUUGCUGGAAAGAUUUACUACUUAAGAAAAACACAGAACCUUCAACGAUUUUAUGUGCAUUUCAACCACUCACCAACAAAAUAUUUAAAAGAAAACGAAAAACAGUUGUACUUGGCAUGGGCGUUCAUUUAGGGCAUGAUGCUGAUCAAGAGUUUUCGUGCAGGAAAUCUGGAAUAGAGUAUAUUAGUUGGGAAAAAAGGAGUAAAGAUGCGCCAGCAAUAACCAAACAGUUUUCAAUUUUUCCAUAUGACCAAACUCAUCUGAUGAAAGUGCAACAAGCAUUUUGGGAAAUAUUACGUAAUCACUCGCAGUUGGUCAAAGCAGACAUUAUAAUAUGCGGUUUUGACGCAUGGCAUUGUCUCAUGUUUGCACCGUUUAAUAAGAAAAUGAUUAUAAAUCCUGGCUAUAGAUUUGAAGGCCACUUACCAACUAAUGGUGAGCAAGCUAAGCACUUGCAAAGUGUACUUUAUAACGCAGUUCGAUACAACCCUGAUGUGAUCAUGGCAGGACAUAUUAUUUAUGAUAUAUUGUACGAACAGCACUUUCUAGGUUCUCACAAAAUCAUUCCACUCCCUGCAACUGGUUACUAUGUGCGCGAAAGAUUAGAACAAGAACUUCAACAACAAACAUGCCAGGGUGUACCUUUAAAAAGCAGUGGCUAUCAUCCGAACAAAAUGGAGGUAUUGAUCAUGCCCAAAAGGUUGUCUAGAGGAGGGCAUAUUAUUGCUAAAGAAAUCAAAAACUACAGUGAAAAAUCCAAAAGAAAAUACAAAGUAGAACUUUUUGAGGUAGCAUUGAGAGGAAGAUAUAACUAUUGUCAAAUAGGAACAUAUCAGGCCGGCAUUGUGCUGGGCUAUUCUGUCAUGUCGUACUUCACUAGCGAAGUAGCAACCUUGGGCAUUCCUUUAUUUGUGCCUACGCCUCGUUUGUAUGCCGAAUGGGAGAGAAAAUAUCACCUGAUAGAAGAAAGAAAGAAUAACUUAAGUCAAACUCGUCUGGACGAUAUGAAAGAAAACCCAAGAUCCAUAAAUUUGGGGUACAACCCAAAUGACGAUUUCAACGAAAAAGACAUCUUAGAAUGGGUGAAAUAUUCGGAUUAUUAUUAUUACGACGGGGUGCAGCAGUUUGACAGUUAUGAAGAACUGUUCGAGAAAUUGCAGAAUUCGGAUCUUAAAGCGAUGAGUGAUGCAAUGCUGAAAGGUAGAAAAGAAAAUCGAGAUAGAAACGUAAACAAUUUGAAAGCUAUAGAACGGUAUUUUUUUAACGGAGAACAAGAACAGAAGAACCCUUAUAUGCCUAAGACUUUCUCGGAAGGAAUGCAAAUUUGGCAAGAUAAAUUAAAGCCGCCUAAAUUUAUAAUUAGCAAUACCCAGACCCUUGCUGAAAAAAAUAUGGUUAUAAUCAACUAUGAGGAGUAUAUCAAAGUCUUCACAUCAAAGCCAUUGUGUGCACUCGAGGUGAAAUAUAGCAUUAUAUUUUACAGUGUUACUCUAAAAGCGUCGUAUACUCAUGGGAGUUGCACUUUUUUGAGACUUCAAGAUCUGCAAUCUGAUUCUAUUGUUGCGGGAAUUAUAACAAAGUUUCCCUUGUGGACGUCUGACAGGCUUGUACAAGAUUUGAUAAGUCUGGUUUAUGCAAUUCAAAACAAAGCAACGGCAAUAACGAAAAUCUUUUAUAACGACCUUGAACGCUGUAAAAUAACCAAGUAUUCCCGGUUAUUGCCAAGCAUCGCUGGAUGGAGUGAGAUCACAUUUCCUACUGCAAACUUUUGGUACGCUUGGAUACCCUAUACUGAUUCCAAGGUAGUUAAAUUGUGGUAUCGACUUGCAUCGAAGUUUGUAGAAGAUAAACCAACAGAAGUUAAUUGUUUCCAACCGUUAUUUCCCACACGUGAUUUUUCCACCGAAGAUAUCUAUGCUUUGGAUGACUACCUUCAGUUUUGGAAAACCGACGAAAAAGAAAGUUUUUUUAAUCUUUUGGAUCAGCUAAAUUUUGAGCUGGCUGUUAGGGGAUAUACGACGAAAUACUACGCUGAGUUACAUCGCACGUGGUUGGAAACAAUAUCAGGCUAUGUCAAGUCGGCGAAUGCUUUAUUGAUAAAAAUGCAACAUUAGAUAAGCCCAAUAAUUUUGUAGAAUUUUGAAUUUUUAAAAAUAGAAAGUAAAUGCUAAA